UCUGUCUCUCUCACCUCUUUUUUUUUUUUUUUUGUCCCUUUCUUCCUCGUUUUCUGAUUGCUUCCUCAGAAAAUCCCAAAAGCUUAAAGUCUAAUUCAUUCAACGAUUCACGCGAAAGAAAGAAGAGAGAAAAAUGCAAAGACCCAUUGAAUUAUCAGCUCAGGGCCGCUUGGCCGUGCUCUCGGCUCAUCUAGCCGCCGCGGCUUCCAUCGAAGCCGAUGAAGACGACCUCUCAUCCACUCUCCAACCCCACUGUGUCUCUGCUCAGACCUUCGUCCCACCUCCUCCGGAUCUACGUGGUUCCUUGACCAUCGUCGACGACAGGACUGGUAAGAAGUAUCAGGUUCAGGUCUCCGAAGGAGGAACAGUCAAGGCCACUGAUCUAAAAAAGAUAACGACUGGAAAAGUUGACAAAGGGCUCAAGCUCUAUGAUCCAGGCUAUCUUAACACAGCCCCUGUUCGGUCUUCGAUUUCCUAUAUCGAUGGCGAUGAGGGAAUCCUUAGAUAUAGAGGAUACCCAAUUGAGGAAUUGGCUGAGAAUAGUACCUAUUUGGAAGUGGCCUAUCUCUUAAUGUAUGGGAAUUUGCCUUCUGAAAGUCAGUUAGCAGACUGGGAAUUUGCUAUUUCUCAGCAUUCAGCAGUUCCACAGGGAAUAUUGGAUAUUAUACAGUCAAUGCCACAUGAUGCACAUCCUAUGGGCGUGCUUGUUAGUGCCAUGAGUGCACUUUCCAUCUUCCAUCCAGAUGCUAAUCCUGCUCUUAGAGGCCAAGAUCUUUACAAGUCAAAACAAGUAAGAGACAAACAAAUUGCUCGUAUUCUUGGAAAGGUACCUACAAUUGCAGCAGCUGCUUAUUUGAGAUUGGCAGGAAGACCUCCGGUCCUACCUUCAAGCAAUCUUUCUUAUUCUGAAAACUUCUUAUACAUGCUAGAUUCUAUGGGUAAUAGGUCUUAUAAACCUAAUCCUCGACUAGCUCGUGUGUUAGACAUUCUCUUCAUACUGCAUGCAGAACAUGAAAUGAAUUGCUCUACAUCUGCUGCUCGACAUCUGGCAUCAAGUGGUGUUGAUGUUUACACUGCUCUUGCUGGAGCUGUCGGUGCCCUGUAUGGUCCCCUUCAUGGUGGAGCAAAUGAGGCUGUGCUUAAGAUGCUUAGUGAAAUUGGAACUGUUGAAAAUAUACCAGACUUCAUCGAGGGUGUGAAGAAUAGAAAGCGAAAGAUGUCAGGUUUUGGGCAUCGUGUAUACAAGAACUAUGAUCCAAGAGCUAAGGUGAUAAGGAAACUAGCAGAGGAAGUAUUUUCGAUUGUUGGCCGGGAUCCUCUUAUUGAGGUAGCUGUUGCUUUGGAGAAGGCUGCGCUAUCUGAUGAGUAUUUCAUUAAAAGAAAGCUAUAUCCGAAUGUUGAUUUCUACUCCGGACUAAUAUAUAGGGCAAUGGGAUUUCCACCAGAGUUCUUCACUGUUCUAUUUGCAAUCCCUCGAAUGGCUGGGUACCUGGCACAUUGGCGAGAGUCCCUAGAUGAUCCUGAUACAAAGAUAAUGAGACCACAACAGGUUUACACUGGGGUUUGGUUGCGGCAUUACAUGCCACUGAAAGAGCGAAUAGUGUCACACGAGGCAGACAAGCUUGGACAGGUCUCUGUUUCAAAUGCUUCAAGGCGUCGGCUUGCUGGAACUGGAAUUUAAUCUUCAAUUCAGGAAUCUGAAACGUAAUAAAGGAAUGCAAGUUAGAUAUGAUGAAAAUGGAAAAGCAAGGAAUAAAUGUAUUUUUUUCCGGCUCCAUGCAUAAAAGAGAUGCCUAUGUUAGAAGCAGUAUAAUAGUGGGCACAAUUUGUUGCUGUUGUAUCUAUUGCAGAAUAAUGCUACUUAUAAAUUGGUUUUAUUUUCUA